CAUCUCACGGAGUCCGGUUCCGCGCACAUGGUCUCAGUGUCAUCCAAACCUAAUACUGUCCGCACGGCCACCGCUGCCGGCACCGUCUACUUCUCUAACCCAACUCCUCUAUCUCUAAUCCGCAGCAACAGCCUCAAGAAAGGAGAUGUUCUCUCCGUUGCACGUAUUGCUGGCAUUAUGGCCGCGAAGCAGUGUCCCACACUCAUCCCCUUGUGUCAUCCUAUCCUACUUUCUCAUGUGGGCGUCAUCCUGCGCCUCACUGAUGCUCAACCGGAAUCCGCUACAUGCGAAGGGAAGCAUGGGGCCGUUGAUAUUCAGGCCAAAGUACAAUGUCUUGGGCCAACGGGCGUGGAAAUGGAGGCGCUCACGGCGGUUAUGGGUGCGGCGCUUACGGUCGUGGAUAUGUGUAAGGCUGUGGAUAAGGGGAUGAGGGUGCAUAAUGUGCGGGUUGUGAGUAAGGAAGGGGGCAGGAGUGGGGUAUGGAAGGAG